GGACUGGUAAAAAAUGAAAGCUCCCAUACCUCUUCUGAUCCUGCUUCAUGCCGUUGUGGUCCAUUGCCUGAAAGUGGUGUCGAAGAGAGGCUCAGUGGAAGGCUGCACAGAUUGGUCAGUGGACUACCUGAAAUACAAGGUGCUUCUGGGGGAACCUGUACGGAUUAAAUGCGCUUUAUUCUAUGGAUAUAUUCGGGCCAACUACACCCAUGCACAGAGCGCUGGACUCAGCCUCAUGUGGUACAAAAGUGCAGGACACGGGGACUUCGAGGAACCCAUCAGUUUUGACGGCACGAGAAUGAGCAAAGAGGAGGACGCCAUAUGGUUUCGACCUGCAGAGCUGGACGAUGUGGGGUAUUAUUCCUGCGUUUUAAGGUAAGUGGAGGAA